AUGCCUCGAGCUUCGAGACGAGCUGCCGAGCCUGACAAUGAUGUUCAGGCCCAAGCUGCAGUUACUGACUUUUUCCGGGUAUUCAAUGACCGAUUUUUUGGACUCAGUUCUUUCUAACAGGUCACCCGACGUCCAAGAGGUGCAGCGGCGGCUAAAAAAGUACUAACGGAAGAAGAUGGACCAACUCAGAGUAUCGUUAAAACUGAGGUAGAAAUGAAAUUAAGUCAAAAAAUAAUGAUAAAAAUUUGUUUUUGAAGACAAAAACUACUACAACUCGUAAAACUCGAGCAAAAACUGUUGAGACGGUGGAAAUUGUGAAGGAGGAAGUCGUCAAAGUUGAGAAAAUCGUUGAGGUGAGUAGAAAUUAAAAUUCUGGGGUUAAACGAACAAGUCAACUUUAUUUCAAAUUUUGUGACGAAGACCUAUUUUUAUGUUAUUUCUAGUCAUGAAAGACCUUCUAACACCUCAGAAAGGCAUUUAAAACAGGAUUUAAAGAUUUUCUUUCCAGAAAACAAAAGACGUUCAGCAGGAAGAGAUUGGCGGAGCCUCACCACCAAAAAAAUUCCGAUCGGUUUUGAAAAUAAAAAACUAAAAACAAAUUAAAAGUUUUUUUUCCAGGAAAACAUAACGAAAAGCACCAGAGCCAAGAAGGUCCUAUUUUCAGAGCCACUAGAGGAAAAAGUAGAUUUUUUCAAUAAUUUCCAAGAAAAUAAGUGAUUUUCAAGGUAUUACCUCCUCCAGCUCCGAUUCCCGUCGAAAAAACGCCAGAAAAGCUUGCUCAAUCUUCUAAAUCGAUUCUGAGCGAUAUUAGUACAGGUUUUCAUUGAUUUUCAACAAGAAAAAGAGAAUUUUUCAGCCUCGCCGAAGAAAAAGACGAAAAUCCGGACGGUGGCCGAACUACAGGCGGAACUGGCCAAAAGAGGCGCCGCCAAGAAAGUUCAUCAGCAGAAUCUCCAGCACAAAACCAAAUGUGUAGGGUUUUCUCGAACAUUUCUUGAGAUUUUUCGAAAAUAUCUUUCAUAAGUCGAUUUUCAGGUCGAGGCCCACGCAGAGUUUCUGAAAUCCCCACAAAAAGCUCCCCUGGGACCGGCUCCUGUGAUCAAAAAGACGGUGAAAGCCAAGCUUCCCAAGCUUGACAAGGUGAGAAUUUCGAUUCAAAGUUCCGUCAUUUUGUGCUUCCUGGUCCAUUUUCACAGCAGUUAUUGAAAAAAUUUUGUUUUUUCGGCCCUUUUCAGCUGUUUUCAGUUUAAAAGUCGUGUUGCAAAAUUUCGAGAAAAAAGUUUUUCACUUCGAUUUUUUUUUAAGGUUUUCACUUAAUAUUAAUAUCUCUUUUUAAAUUAUCUUUAUUUUUACUUUUCUGAUUAAUUUUCCGAUUUUUUUCGAUUUUUUUAUUGUUUUUUUCAGAAAGGUUUUUUUGAAUUUUUUUCACUUGAAUAUUCUCGGUCUUUUCAUUGAUUAUCUAAGAAAUUUCAAAAAAACAAAUUCUGAGGUCUUCAACGUUUUUAAUAUUUUUGCUGUGAAAUUUUUUUGAUGAUUUUAUUUAAAUUUUACGAAAAAAAUAAUAUGUCUUCAUUUUGUUUUUUUCCCCUUUAUUUCCAAGUUUCUCGAGAAAAAAAUUCUCAUUUUUUUAAAGCUUUUUUUAUAAUUUUUUUCUGAAAAGUAACAAUUUUUUUCAUCGAACUUCCUAGAACGGUUUAAUAUUUUUUUCAAUAUUUUUUUCUGCUUUUUCACAAUUUUUGUUUUAAAUAUCCAAGAGUUUUUUUCCCGAAAAAUUGUCAAUUUUUUUGAUCGAAUUUCUCUUAUUUUUUUCGGAAAAAAAUUUUUGGUUCAGUAUUAUUUUUCCACUUUUUAGAGUUCAGGAAUUUUCUCCGAGAAAAAAAUAAUCAAAGUUGUAUCAGAACUGCUUUCAAAAAAAUUUUCAAAUCAAACUCGAACAUUCUUCCUUUUUGUCACAAUUUAUUUUUUUCAAAAAUUCAAAGAUUUUUUUCAGAAAAAAAUGUCUUUCAGGUCGUCGACGUUCCUGCACCGGCUGCAGUCGCUUCCGAAGUCCCUUCAUAUGUUCUUCCGACCUACAAAAAAACCGACAGAAGAAGGAAAAGAAGAAGCUGAGAAACGGGAAGAUGAGGAGGCCAAAAUGUGGGAAAAACUUUGGAAAACUGAAAUUUAAUAUAUGAUUUUACAGGGAAGCCAAGGAAUUCGCGAAAAAUUCCAAGCUCGUCGACAUUGUCCGGGAUAGUUUCAACAGCGAGUUUUCUCUGCCGGACAGUUAUGAACACUUGAAUUCGUCUUUUCAGCACGUCGAUAGGGUUGGUUUUUGAGAAAAAGGGUCUGAUUUCCAAUUUUCAUCAAGUUUAUUUUUUGAAGAACCGAAAAAAAUAAUUACACCCCGUUGAUAAUAAUUAGACUGCUUGAAAACUUUUUUUAAAAAAAUUUUUUUAACAUUUCCCUAUAUAAUUUUUUGCCAUGUUUUUUUCGCAUAAAUAUACAAUUUUUUUCAGAUCGUCGGAAUGAUCACGAAUCAAGGCCGUUGUUGUGUGAUGGUGGAUUUGAUCAAGAAUCUCAGGAACACUAUGAAAAGGUCAGUCAUUUCAGGUCUUCUACGAUUCUGUAGAAUUUCAAUUUUUCGAGAAGUUUAUUCUAAAACCUUCUUCCUUUGAGAAAUAACUUGUGGAUUCUCAACAUUUUAAAAAGUGUCUUAUUUUUUUUUUUUUUUUGAGGGCUGCAUUCUCUAUUUUUUUAGGAGGUUUUUCUUGAAAUUUCGAUUCUCAAGAUCUAUAUCAAAAAAUUUCAAUCUUUAGGUGAUAUUCUGAGAUAUCUUUUUUUUUUCGAGGGCCAUAUAAAAUAAAUCUAUUUUUUUAAAGAAGGAUUUUUAUAGAAUCUCAUCCUAUAAGUAGUUGUAUUGUAAAAAUAUCCUUUUUUUAAAGUACUUCUUAAAAUCAUGAUUUUUUUAAGGUGUGUAUUGUAAUGUGUUGCUUUUUCAGUGGUCUAUCAAUUUCGAUAUUUUGAAGAGUAAAUUCCUAAUUCUCUUGCUUUUUUUUUCUAAGUUUGAUCUUACCAUUCGAUAAUUUUCAAGAUUUUACAUGAAAAAGGAAAAUUUACGAUUUUCUGUACUUUUUCACUUGGAAUCAUAUCCCCUUGAAGAAGCAUUUCUAUACUCCGGUGAUAUACGUUUCAGUGAAAUAAUUAAAAGAUUUUGUUUGAAAAGUUCAAACGUUAGGCAUUCAGGGGGUAAUCCUUUUCUAAACAUGGUAAAUUGACUUCGAGUUGGGCAAUUAUAUCACUUUAUUAGUAUUUUCAAUCCUUUCAUAAAUUGUUGGAAAUGUCCUCUCAAAGUUGUCAUUUCCAGGGACUUUGACCAGAAGAACUUCUCGCAGCUUCUUCACGUCUAUCCGACGAGUUACAAGGUGGAAGCUCGUGAGCAGUGGAACGCUUUCGGCGGAACUCAAACCGGGAAAAUGGAACUCGUCGUGGCGCCAAAUUUGGUCGAUGGUAAGGAAUUUCGAGUUUCCGUGAAAAGCUUUGUCAUUUUGGUUGCGAAAACUUCUUGAUCAUUCAAUUUUUUUUCCGAUUCCUUUGCAUUUUUUCUAUGUUUUGUAUAAUUUACUUUUAACUUUUUUUCGUAAUUCUUAUAGAACGCGAGUUCGGAACUUUUUUUGAUUCUCAAGUUAUCUUUAUCAAAAAAAUGGGUUUUUUUGCUCGACCUUCAUCUGAAAAAUUUUUCAACAGCUUCCAUUUAUUACAAGUAUUAGCUAGCUUAGGAACUCCAGAGUGGUCCCUUUAGGGUCAACCUUGAGACUUUUUAGCGCUUUUUGAAGGAAAAAUAUGAACAGAGAGAAUAUUUACCAAUUUUAUCUUUUAUAUUUUUUACCCUGAAAACCCUAUAGGGACCACUUGAGCUCUAGGGGGCAAACUUGAUAUCCUAAAGAGGCCACUCAGGCGUUAGUAAGAGGCGAUUGAGAAAAUGUUUCUAUUCAAAACUUGGGAGUUUCAUCAAAUUGUCUGAAAACGGCUUGGUGGAUUAGAAAAAAAAAAACCAAAGAUUGUCCUUAUUUUUAAAUGUAUAUUGCAAAAAAACUAGAUUUUUGAAAAUUUCUGAGUUCUCCGGCUCAAAAAUCACAUUUUAAAAAAGGUUCAUUAUUUGAGACAUGGCCGGGUUCCUGAAAGACGAGGAGAAGCUGACUGAAGACGAGACGAUUCCCCUGGUUGUCCCGCAAAAGUUGCUCGCAUCGCCGCUGAAGAGCCCUCGGAAGGGCGGCUCCGCUCUACCUGUCCCCAGGUAUUGUCAUUCAGGUAUUGUGGUCCGAAAGUCUCGGAAAUUGAACGAGUAAUGGACCUUGCAAGGGAGAGCAAAUAGGAUCUCAAUUGAGUUGCAUUUUCUUUGUGUUUGAGCAUUUUGGAACAGGUGUUCCGCGUAAAAUUGAACUUUUUGGGACAUUUUUACGACCUCAAGUGUAUUGAAAGAAUUAUAAAAAUAAUUUAAGCGCAAAAUUUGGCAAAAAAUAGAAAUAGAAAAACCCUGAUUUGCAUUUUUCGAAUAUUAUGGAAAUUCAUUUCAAAUGAUUACGAUUUCAUUGAACGCAAUUAUCAAAAAAAUGUAGCGAAAAAAUAGUUUUUUUCUUUUUUUAUACUUUUUAUACCAACUUUCACAAAAUCAAAAACUUGAAAAAAAGUUGGCUCGCGUUUGAUUUCGAUUUUUCCCUCCCAAAACCUCGUCGCGUACGCAACGCAUCUACUUUCAGUUUUGUCAAAACAAAAAAAUUGAAAAAAACGACGAUUAUCAAGGAAAAUAAGUUUUUUUAAAAAAAUCGAAUUCAAUUUUUUUGAAGGAAUCUUAGAAAAUAAACUUGAAUCAGCACGUUUUCCUAUAUAACGAGGGAAAAUAUAAAUUUUAGAGUUUUACUUAUCAUGUUUUUCUGAGAAAAGUGGUUUUUUCCAGGGCCCCUCAACUGGAUGCCCGUCGGCGAUUGGACGCUGUUCGAAUGAGAGAUCGUUCAUACGUUUUCCGACACAAACUUGUCGAAAUCGUCAAAAAACACUACGAUCUGUUCCUGAAGGAGAAAGGAUGUGCGUAGUUUUAAAAAAAAGUGGCGCGAAAAAAUUUUCAGAGGUUGAAAGAAAAGAGUCGGGUUUUUAGGAAAAAAUUGGCUCUAAUAUCUCAGAUUAAAUGUUUCAAAGCUUCAAUUUCCUGUAAAGAUUGAAAAUCCUGUUCCUAUGCGUUAUAGUUUGAAUUUUCCCGAGAAAAUGAAUUAAUUUCCGCUUUGAAAAAGUUUUUUUUUUAGAAAGAAUUCGUUUUAAAAACGCUAGCAAUCGGAUAUACGUCGUUUGAAAUUAUUUUUUGAUUUUUUUUCGGCGCAGUAAAUCGCUUUUGUGUUUCAAAGUAUCAAUAUACAGCUAUAAUUCAGAUAAUUUAUGAUAAUGUGUUCGAAUUCAAUUUUUCAGUAGAAUCAAUGAAAGCAAACUUCCGCCGCCUUCACCCGAUGUUCAACCCGAAUAAGCACUGCUCGGCGAUCCCUGAAGUGGCCACUUCCAGCUCAAUAAGUAGAACAAUUUUAAAAAAAUUGAAGGCAGCCCUCCCGGACAUUUCCACGAAACGGAAGACCAACAUAGGCAUGCGCGAGUACGUGGCCGAGGAGACGGGAGUCGUCAAACUGCCCGCUUUUGUCCUGGUUCUCAGAAUAUAUCCCGGAACUUUGAUAAUUUUUGGACUUUCAGAAGGCGAUCGAAGAAAUGAGGAGCCCUACGAAGGCCUGCUCAAGCGACGCCGUACCUUUGUCUCCAGCCAAAUUCGUCGAGAUGAAAAAGAACCAGACGGCGGGAGGACUGAGCUUGUUGGAAAGGGUAAUAAUUAUUAAUAUUUCCCCUCAGCUCUUAGAAGACUUAGAUUUUUAGAAGUAAUGAAGAAAAUAUAUAUAUAAGUGGAGCUAUUGAAGGUAAGAAAUUACUUCAAAAUUUUGGCUCAUGAGAGGUUGAUUUUUUUCUAGAAAUGUUGAACAUUUUUCUUGGAACCUCAAUUAAUAUAAUUUUGUCUGAAGAAAAUGAUGAUUUAUGCGUUUAUAUUCAUUGAAAAAAAUUUUUUCAUGACGCAGUAUCUCAAAAAGAAUGUGAAGUUGAACUUUUUCUCAGAUUCGAGCCAAGGAAGCGGCCAAGAAGGCGGAGGAGGCUUGCCAUGAUGCGGACAAACUGAAUCGCAAAAAUAUGUUGAUCAAACUGGGCGAUCGGUUCUUGAGAUCACUUUGUUGGUCAGUUUUUUAUCUCUGAAACACAAACUUUUAUCUGACUCUCCAAAGUUCAGUUAUCUUUUUCUUUCUCUGACGACCAUUUUGAAUUUUGCGCAAUCACUUUGAACAUGACUUCAAAUCUUAAACUUAAAAAGCUCAAGUUUGAUUCCUUGCAGUGAAUUUAUAAAAUAAUAUUCUUCUUUUUGAAAUUUGGAAUGAAUUGUUGUCUUGACCAUUGAAAUAAAACCUAAUUUUCAGCCUUUACGCGACGAAAAAGGCGAGGUCGAUGGAGUUGAACGUCGUCGCCGAACGGCUCGUCUUCAGUCAUACGUCUCCGAUCACUAAACGUCAGUUCAAAAUUAUAUUUUCAGAUGAAAAAAGGUGCAAAGUCCCCCAUUUUUCUCGCCAGGGAAUGGUCUCAGCUCACAUUGGAAGCUUUGAAUGAAACUAAGGUCACUAGAUUUAGCUUUUUACGCUGAUUCCGAAAAAUUAAAUGUUUCUGGAAAAGAAAAAAAGAUUUUGCAAUGUACCUAUGACCUCGCUAGUGACAUCAAAAAUCAUUCAGAGGCUCCAAUUUUUUGAAGAAAAAAAAAUAGAUUUUCUGUUACCAUUGGGGCAGGAUCUAUAUACCCUCAAAAAUGAGCUCAAUCGAAGAAAUUGAAAUUCUCGAUUUUUGAGGGUUCCUAACCUUUUAUACAAACCUCAUUGACACUUCGAGAAAAUAAGACGAUUCAAAAUUUUCAAGGGAAAAAGAGAAUUUCUGCUCAAUAAGUUGCUUCAAAAUUACUGAGUUAUGCUCUUCUGAACUGAGACUCAACGAAUCCGAUGCUCAAUGACUUCAAAUUCUCUCAAAAAAAAAUUUUUUUUUGUUUCCAGAAGAAGUGAUCCAACACUUGGAACUUCUUUGCCAAGUGGCCCCGAAGACCGUCUCGGAGUCCGUGGUGAUGGGCCGCCGAUAUCUGCAAGUCCUGGAGAACAACUUCGACGCCUUGUACGCCGUCGUCCAGGAGGAGCUCAAGACCGUCGAGGUCGCCAUGAAACAAGACUUUUUGGCACCCAGACCUCCGCCAAUCGCCCAAAACUCGACGAAAAAGGCCGUCCGGACCUUGUUCUGA